AUGAGCCAACAGGAAAACAUAAACCCUGAGGAAGGUCCAGAUGAGAAUCAAUACGCUGCUCAAGAUCAAUGUGAAGAGCUCGCUGUCGUCGAUCAGCCAGUUCCCUUGUCCAAAUUGGAGUCAAACAUCAACCACAACCCAGCAAACCCAAUCCAUUCAACCAACGUGAAAACAAUCCAAGUGGAAAAAACCAUACCAAAAACUCAAUCAGCUCCAACGUCAACAUCCAUUAGCGAGAAAAGUUUAACCAGCAAUGAAGAAUUUUACGAAGCGUCCCCCGUUUUAGAAGAAGACGAAGAAAUUUGCUAUCCUUCACUACUCGAGGAAACAAACUAUCCAACAAUAUCCGUCCCUACUCAACCGCACAUGUCCAAACCAUUGGAAACACACACUACGCUCAAUUUGAGAAACAUCCCCAUUGCUCAUAAUCCAAGGAGUUUCCCAUUAGAUUGCGACUCAGUCAAGGGCAAAGAUGAGCGAGCAUUGCACAAAAUCUUGGCUUAUGAAUUUGAGCAUUUGGAACCUGCAACUUCUUGGUGGUUCAGAAGGGAUCCAUGGUCGGUGUUUAUUGAGCGCGAUGACAAACCGGAUGUCCCUCCAAGUAACUUGGAAGAAAUAAAUUUGGAUCAAAUAUUCAACCAUAUCUACCAAUAA